CACACACACACACAGGGUCAAGCCGAUCAGAUGCGCUCAGAACAUGUCGCUGAUGAAACAUACCAAGUUUCCACACUCGCACACUCACAUACUCACUCGCACACUCACAUACUCACACACAUACUCACAUACACACACAUUUACACACACUCACACUCACACACACACACACACAGACACACACACUCACACACACACACACACACAGACACACUCACAGACACACACACACACACACACACACAGGGUCAAGCCGAUCAGAUGCGCUCAGAACAUGUUGCUGAUGAAACAUACCAAGUUUCCACAUUCGCACACUCACAUACUCACACACAUACUCACAUACACACACAUUUACACACACACACACACACACACACAGACACACAGAGACACACACAUACACACUCACACUCACACAGACACACUCACACACACACUUUAUUGCCAAGUAUGUUUUCACAUACGAGGAACACACACACACUUACACACACAUUUACACAAACACACACAAAAAACACACUCAUUCACACUCGCACACUUACUCACACUCGCACACUCACAUACUCACUCGCACACUCACAUACACACUCACACUCACAUACACACUCACAGUUACACACUCACUCACACUCGCACACAAUCACACUUACACACACUCACACACACUCGCACACUCAUUCACAUAUUCACAAACACCUUCACUGACUCACACACUCACACUCACUCACAGACACUCACACACACAUACACACACUCACACAUACACACACUUACACACACACUCACACUUACACACACAUACACACACUUACACACACACUCACACACUUACACACACACUCAUACACUCACACUUACACACACACUCACACUUACACACACUCACUUACACACACACACCUACACACACUUACACACACACAUUUUGAAUUUUCACGUCAAGUUCAGUAUUUUACCAAUACAAUGCCAUAUAGCUACGAAACUUGGUAUGGUUCAUCAGCGACAUGUUCUGAGCGCAUCUGAUCGGCUUGACCCCGGUAUCGCUGCUUGCAGCUAUAUUGUUAUAUAUGUCUGUACUUUUGAGAGUCACAAACAGCUGGAACCAAGUUCCUUGUGUGUGUCAACACCCUUGGCCAAUAAACCUGAUUCUGAUUCUGAUUAAUUUUUCUGCCUUUCAGUGUCAGUGAAAUAAAUUAAUAUCCACAUAUUAAAAUAGCAAACAAAACAUUUCACUUUUAUAUAUCUAUGCAAAUAAAUACAAACUAUAAAGAAAUAAAUAAAACAAUAAUAAAUAAUAUAAUAAUAAGGAGGUAUUAUUUAUUUCUUACAUUUCAUUACAUAUUUAAUUAUUGAAUUACAUAUUGAAUUUAUAACUAAUAAAGUAAUAUAAAUCCUCCAUAGUUACAGGAUCAGUGUAAAUAAAUGUCUUUCUAAGAUGUUUGUGUAUUAUAACACAACUCUCAUUCUUGUUACAUAAGGCAGUUAAAACAAUUAAGCCAUUCACUGAGAUCAUUUUUAUAACAAUAUAGAUUAUAAUAGUGACAGUACUUCAUUAAAACAUACAGAAAACUAAUCAUGCAUACACUGUAUAACUUACAUAAUUCUGGUUCUUCCAUGUUCCCCCUUUUUCUGCCUCCUGUUUGUGAUGAAGAUUCAGCCAUUUACUUCCUCCUGUGUUUUUAACCUUUACAUUAAGAAAUCACAUCAUUCAGUCCACACAUGUAACAGUACAAGGUUUUACUGAUUAGUCUGUUUAACUCACUUAUGUCUGUCUGCAGUGUUAAACCUAAUGAAUGACACUAAAACAUUUAGUCUGUGAUUUAAAACACAUGUAAACAUUCUCAUCAUCAUGAGAUUGUAAUAAACACAGAAUUUCACUGAUCUUUCUCUCAGCUUUCAGCUCAAUAACUGUAUCAUUCACAGUUUCUCACAUCCAGAUAAGUUUGUAAGUGUAAGUUUGUGUUUGAGUUUCCCAGACCCAGAGCUUACCACAGUCUGUACUGUCCUGUCUUGUGUAGUAUAAUGUUAUGUUAAAGUUCCUUGUGUGUGUCAACACCCUUGGCCACUAAACCUGAUUCUGAUUCUGAUUCAUUUUUCUGCCUUUCAGUGUAAUUGUUUGUUUGUUUAUCUGCAAUCGUAUUGUUCUGCCAAUAACAUACAAUAUGUAUGUGUGGGCGGAGCUAUCGAUACAGGGGUGGGACCCAUUUGGGUUAGGGGCGUGUUUGUUUUGGUGAUUUUAAAUGUCAAAUGUCGUGAGACCCUUGGCCUGUUUCAGAAAGGAGGUUAAGUGAAAACGUCUCUAGGUUACGACCGUAACCCUAGUUACCUGAGGAACGAGACGCUGCGUCGAAACGCUAUGGGAACGCCCCUGCAUGACUGCGCUCUGAACCACGUGUGUAAUCUGACCAAUAGGCGUUGAGACGUGACGUCAUCGGCGGGUGACGUCGCGUAAACAGGAAGCUACAAAUGGCUGCGAGAUGGACAAGACGCUAGCUCCUGUGAGAGAAGAUUUCCACCACAAUUCUAUGGCACCCCAGAUGGGACCUACUGUAGCAGUUGAGCAGCUGGAGAAAUCUGGGAAGGUGUAGUAUACGACACCUCGAAGGCGUUAUAUUGACAUUAGAAGCUGCGGAGCUUGGAUACUUCUGUUCAGCACCAAGUUCAACAGAAUCUGAAUUUCCACCACAACUCAGAUUUGACACCACAGAUGGGACCUCACAGUUGAGCAGCUGGAGAAAUCUGGGAAGGUGUAGUAUACGACACCUCGAAGGCGUUAUAUUGACAUUAGAAGCUGCGGAGCUUGGAUACUUCUGUUCAGCACCAAGUUCAACAGAAUCUGAAUGGACGUUCCCCGCCUCCGCCUACCAUGACAGCUUCCAAUGCGCCGAUGAUAGAACACCAAGCAUCAGCUCAACGAGAUCAGAGAGGACCACUGGCAGGAUACAACACCUCCUAUGUAUCGCCCGAGCCCAUGCCACUUCUCCAAGACACUUAACCAAUUCCUGCACCAUCCACAUCGCAGUGCCCAUUCACGUUCAAAGCAUGCUGAGAAGUCCCUGAGGUACACAUCAGAUGACCCCUUUUCAUCAACGCUCAAAGUCCAUGACAUUGAAACAGAUCCAGAUGGCCAGCAUGGUCCACUAAUGCGUCUUGACAACAAGGAAAAGCUAUAUUCAGCUAUAUAUAUUUACCAUUUGUGAACGGUAUGGCUAGAUGGACCUGUGAUGAUAAAAGUUCCAGACUUGGAUGUUGCUGAUAACGGCCAAUACCGCAAUUUGGUCGCGCAUGUACACAUAGCCUGUAAGAACACAUGCAUAACUUGGGACACUGGUAAACUGAACCUCAAUGAACAACACACCAUUCACCCCGAAAUACUGUUGAAUCUGGAGAGAAAGAAGAAGUACAAGAAGCAUGAGGACGAGAAACACGCACCUCCCAAAAAAUGCUACUUCAGAUGGUCGCACUUCAGAGUCUUCCCUCAGAACGAGGAAGCCACCAUUGAGGCCGAGGACGAGGCCGAGGUAGGGGCAGAGCAAGAGGACCAGGAUGAGGAGGUGGAUGUUUCGUGUGCAGCACAAACAAUCACUGGAAACGCUUAAGCUAACUCCUGUCCCUGAUACUGAUAUAGAUGCGAUAAAUCCGGCUAUUUAUUUUCUGCAGCAAAAAUACUUUCCUGGAGGCACAUAUGAUAAGUAUACUGCUGAAGUUUUUACAGAAAUGCCUACCCUGUCUACAGUAUAUGUGUAAAUGGUAUUUAAAUUACGUUCUUGGUAGAUUCAGGAGCAGGUAGUUCAGUUAUCAAAGCAGAUGAGUUUCAUACAGUGCCCAAUGUGAGUGGAAGAUUCCUGCAUUCAAGAGGAGCAUCUGGUGUCUCAGUCAUGGAUCAAUUCUCUGUGCCACUGAAAUGCAAACCCAAGGGAUGUGUCAAAUAUGACCACAGAUAUGACCCAAAAUAUGACCUCAGAUAUGACACCAAAUAUGACCCCAGACCUCAGAAUUUUGUGUAUGAAUAGAAAUUAUGUGACUCUGCAAUGAAUGCAGUAAAUCAGAAACUCAUUGAGAAAGCACACCAGCUUACUAACCCUAUGUGAACAAAAUACAUGCAUCCCAAGAACCUGCAUUGCACCGCACAUACACUCACUGGCCACUUCAUUAGGUACACCUUACUAGUACUGGUGUGGUCUUCUGCUGCUGUAGCCCAUCCGCCUCAAGGUUCGACGUGUUGUGUGUUCAGAGAUGCUCUUCUGCAUACCUCGGUUGUAACGAGUGGUUAUUUGAGUUACUGUUGUCUUUCUAUCAGCUCGAACCAGUCUGGCCAUUCUCCUCUGACCUCUGGCAUCAACAAGGCAUUUUCGCCCACAGAACUGCCCUCACUGGAUAUUUUCUCUUUUUCGGACCAUUCUCUGUAAACCCUAGAGAUGGUUGUGCGUGAAAAUCCCAGUAGAUCAGCAGUUUCUGAAAUACUCAGACCAGCCCGUCUGGCACCAACAACCAUGCCACGUUCAAAGUAACUUAAAUCA